UGUGAGGCUCUCUUAAACCAGAAGUUUUUCAAUGGAAUCGGGAAUUACCUCCGCGCUGAGAUCCUGUACAGGUUGAAGAUCCCUCCCUUCGAAAAGGCUCGGACCGUCCUGGAGGCCCUGAAGGCUCAGGAGCAGAAUCCUUCCCUGACACUGAGCAAGAAGCUGAAGCUGAGGCGGGAGAACCCGGAUCUCCUGGAGCUGUGCCACACCGUGCCCAUGGAGGUCAUCGCGGCGGAGAAAAAGCUCUUGGACCCAGAUGAUGCGGAUAACCACACCGCUUUCAAGAAGUGGCUGCAGUGCUACUUGGUGCCUGGCAUGAGCUCCCUGCGCGACCACAACGGCAGGACCAUGUGGUUCCAGGGAGAGCCUGGCCCCAUGGCUCCCAAAGGGCGGCCGUCCCGCAAGAAGCACACUCAGCAGAAGGCAGAUCCCGAGGCUCCGACCCCCAAACUCACUACACGUGCUUCCAAACGGCGCCCCAGGGCUGCAGCGAAACCCCCAGAGCCAGUCAAGGAGGAGGAGGAGGCAGCUGAUGGGCUGAGGAAGGGACGUUCUCGCGGGAGGAGGAAAGCGACUGCUGCUCCGGCCUCAUCUGAGCCCGAGGCGCCGGUCAAAGCCAAAAGAAGCCGCCGGAUGUCUACACGCAGGGGCAGAGGCGCAGCCCCUGCUGUGUGA